AUGUCCUUCAUCAAGGUCUUCCCUCCAUCACACCCAUCCACCACCGCCACCUUCGAGGUCUUCGGCUCCGCCAACCUUCGGGUCUCCGAUGGCAGCGUCUAUGUCAAGCCAGGAGUCAAGUCUUGCCCAGGGGCCCUCGCCAAACAUCGCAUCCAGGACUACGAGGUCGAUCAUCUCCCCUCUUUCUCCGCCCAUGCCCAGUCUCUACAUACGUUCUUGAAGGGAUGCGACCUUACAGGGUACAACAUCCAACAUUUCGAUAUCAGUGUCCUCAAGCUUCAGUUCUCGGAAUGCGGUAUCAACUGGAAACUUGACGAGGAGGACGUCAAGGUAGUCAAUACGAUGGUGAUAUAUCAGACUUUAAAGAGGGAAGCCAAUCAGAGGAGAGCCAAUCAAGGUUCACAGAGAGCCAACAAUCGGGGUUCACGGAACAGAGGAAACCGAGGCUCGCAGAGGCCCAAUCAGAGUUUCCAGACGGCCCCAUCUCAUACUACACAGCAGGACGCGUAUCUGGAGUUCGUAGGAAGGAGAAUGCAGGGAGCGCAUAACGCGGAGGCGGACACGAUCGGAGCCCUCGAGCUGCUGCUCGCGAUGGUGCGCAGGGGGGAUCUGAAGGCGAAGGUGGAGCAGAUCUUACGACCUCGUUCGACCUCGUUCAGGGGUCGCUUUUGA